AUGUCCAACCUACCUCUAUCUAGAACCUGGCCAGAGAUCCGACAGGCCCUAGAACACGCCCGGGAAUGCGAAGAUGGACCAGUGAAUUCCCAAUCCGCCGCCGUCCUAGAGUCAGCCAUUACCGAACUCUGGAAUCGCAUUCAGGCCCAACCAGAUACCUACGUGCUCACCCCAGACGAGUUCGCCCUCUUUAAUUACUUCCUCACAACACGCUACCGUGGCUCACCCGUCGCCCAGAGAGCAGUGGCCCGUUUCUGGAACAAUUAUCAAGGUGCCACGAAUUGCGGCGGCGUCACAAACUAG